UUUUUUAUGAUUGCUCGACAAUCAGCUUCUUCAACAGGACAGUGAUAUCGUUCUGAUGGCUCUACAGCUGACCUGUUAGGAUAUCGGACAGUAAACAACAAUCUAAUACGUUCCAAUAUAUAUACUUUCCGAGGUUUAUAAUUUAAACUUACUUUUCGUAGGAACUUUACUUAACAUUUCUCACAGAUUGUCAAGAUGUCACGUUCUUUUCUGAUGGAUUCCCUCCUCAGUACACGUUCCACCCCUGCUUGUCCAGAAGCAGACAUCUCUGUCGGUCCCAGAAACAAACCCAAUAAUAACGUGAUGGGCUGGGGUAAGCCGUAUCAAACAAAUACCACAGAGCCAUUGCACGUUUCGCUCUCAGCCAUUGGGGGUCAGCUUCAGAUGGACAGUCUUGGGGCCGAAGCCCACCGGUACUAUUAUCGAAAGUACGGAAUCUCUCCUGAUCUGGGUCUCAGUCGACUUUACUGCAGUCCUAUGUACGCCAUGAGACCGGUGACGAACCCGCUGGUGAACAUCGGGAAGAACUGUCAAACUUCUCCUUUCAAACCUGUCGUUACCGGCACCUGUGUGGGGUCGACGUCCGCCCCGCCGACAGCGGCGUCACCGCUAGUGUACCCAUCGUUGGUUGACCGAAGAAUAGUACAUCACCUGGGCUGUGUCACCGAUCCAGUAGAAGAACGAAAGCGGGGACCGCCACCGUGUCUCUCACGGUAUAACGGCUCAUCGGGCCUCCAAUCCGGGAUGUUCUCUCCUGUCAAAGACUCUGCGACAAAGGCGCCCUCUGACGACCUUGCCAGUAGUAAGAGAAUUCGAACAGCGUUUACCAGCACCCAAUUAUUGGAGCUCGAGCGUGAAUUUGCUUCCAAUAUGUAUUUGUCUCGCCUUCGUAGGAUUGAAAUCGCUACGUAUUUACAUUUAUCAGAGAAACAAGUAAAAAUCUGGUUCCAGAAUCGCCGGGUGAAAUACAAGAAAGAAAGUAAUGUUCAACAUAGAUGUCGCUGUAUUCGCACAUGUUCCAACAACCGAUCGCAAGAGGGCGUGGAGUGUGAAGAUGGAGUAUCUAAAAGAGCGGGAUGGCCAGAAAAAGAAUUGGUUUCACCUAUUUUGAAAUCGAGGCCUAUUUCCUGUUCCAGUCCGGAAAUGGAAACAGACAAUUCAGAAUCAUUUGUUUGUUCUCCCGCCGAAAACUUUCUCAGCACCAGAACUACUCUGAAAUUUUCUGAUAUUCCUCUCCAUGUUAAGAAAGAGUUUCCUGACAAUUUUGCUGCUCCUCGGUUCAUCCAAUUAUCAGUUCUCGUUAUCAGAACGACUCUAAAAUUAUCUGAUAACAGUUUUUGUUGUAGCACCGAUGAAGCCGCACUGGCUAAACGUUUGUUGAAAUAA